GUUGAAAGUGGAAUAGUAAGUUUCUCAUCUCUGGCAAGAAUGUGGGGCUGGGGCAUAUCAAGUCACAUGCCUUGGAUACAAAGCUGUGUACAGGAGAUUACAAGUGGCAACUGAAAAAGCAUUUCAGAAUACAUCUUCUUAUUUGACUUAGCUACAGGAAAAAAACAGAAGAGAGGACACGACAGCAUUCAUUCUCCCAACUUUUUCAGAUACAGUCAAAUGGACUUGCUGAACUGAGAGAUUUUUCCUGCAAUUGCAAAAUAGGAGGCUGCAUCUUGUACCAUGGCAGACGCAACAUUGGUUGAUCAGAUGACUAGACUGAAACUGAGACUUCUGGAGAAGAGAUUAGAGAAUGAACGUGAAAUGGCAGAGGAAGCUGGUGAUACUGAGCCCGAAACUUCAAGAAGCUACAAUGGGCAUGAAGAAGCUCUGCAGUCAGCUUUACGAAGAAGGAAGGAUCUACUGCAUAAAUUACGUGAAGAGCAUCUUCUAGAAGAAAUUGCUCGGCCUCACACGUGGGAGGGCACAAGUCGAAAAAAAAUCAGUUUGGAACCCAUUCAUCAGAUAUCACCAAUGCACUUCCAUCACCAGCUACCGCCUCGAGAGCCACCCAUACACUUUUAUCAACCUCCACCCCCACCAGAGCCUCCCAGAAUCAUCCAGCAGCAGUUACCUCAGCAUCCAGCAACCAUAAUCCAGCAAUUACCACCACAGCCCCUUAUUACCCAGAUACCCCACCCUCAAUCACUACAACCUGUCCGUCCUGGCAGCAUUAAGGAAGAUAUGGUGGAGAUGAUGCUUAUGCAGAAUGCCCAAAUGCAUCAGAUAAUCAUGCAGAACAUGAUGAUAAAGGCUCUUCCUCCAAUGGCUCUAUCACAGCCUGCAGGUUUACCCUCUACACACACCUCAUCAUUCCAGGACCCUCAAAAUGCAGGUCCUGUGGUUCUGAAGGCUGAAAAAAUGAGACCAUCCUCAGUGCACCAUCAUCACCACUAUACCCCUCCUUCCAUUCCUGGUGGGACACUUCCCAUGCAGCCAGGACCUGGAUAUCCAUUGUGGCCCCACAUGAUGCAAUCGAACACUAUGGGACAGAUGAGUUCAUUUCCUCCUGCUGUCCACCAUGUUACUGGCCCAACUACUAUCCUGCCAGCUAUGCAUACUGUAGUAACAGAUGGUUUCCUCCCCAGGGUCCCAAGUGGCCUGUGAGACCCUGAGCUGCUGAGGAUCUACCUUAGAGCCACUUCCUGGUUGCCCUUGAUAAGGGAAAAAUGGGCAAUUAAGACAGAACUGUGAACCUCCACAAGUCAGGUUCCUUCUUAGGAUUUUUAAAAAGCUGAAGGUCCCGCAACCCUGUACAACCAUUUUUACACAAAUAUGAAAAUCCUGGAACCACACACACACUGCAUUAUCCAGGAAGGAGUUAACUCCCAGGGAUGAACAAAUUUUGCUUCAAAAGGUCCAACUGAACCACAAGACCGAGGCAUUAGGUACCACAUAUCCACCACCAUUAAGACAGUCUCUUAUCGCCAUGGCCUAAAAGUUGCCGGGAAUGGAAGAAGCCCCUACUCCUAGCUCAACAUGAAAAAGCCAGAUUUUGUUUGCAGAUGAUCACUAGGACAAAGACUUAGCCUUAUGGAGGACAAGUAAAACAGAAAUAAACCUGUUGGACCAUAAUGACUUUUGCUAUGUAACGAAUGAAAAAGAGUGAGGCUUUUUAAGCAGAACAACACCAUCCUAACCGUGAAGCAUGGGAUAGCAGAAAUAUGCUGUGGGGUUUUUUUUUUUUUUGAAAGGACACUGGUGCACUUCAGAGGAAGGAGGACUAUGUAGAGAUUCUGAAGCAACACCUCAUAACAUCAGCCAGAAAUGUAAGACCUGGUUGCAACACUGUCUUCCUGCAAGAAAUUGUCCGAAAUAUAUUCUAGAGUUGUAACUAAAUGAUUUAAAGGACAAGGCAACGCAAAAUAUAAUUUUUUGCCUAAUAAAAGAAAACAAAAUUCAAAGCA